AUGUACUGUUUUCUUCACAUGUAACACACUACCCUCUCAGAAGAUGGAGCCUUUGGUGAUUAACUCCGCAAGAAUGUAACACUUUGUGUGCCAUAAAUGUACUUGUCUAGUCGUACCUAGUCCAUUAAUGAUUAAAUAGUAGUGAAAAUUGCAUGCAUUUGGGAAAUUAACCAUCUGUGUAUAUAUAAGUCUUUUUGGAUAGUCAGCAAGUUUACCAAAUAUUAUAUACUCAAAAUAAGAUUGAAAAUGGGAGAAUUCACAAUAGAAUGCACUCUUUGUGGAGGAGCCUUUGGAUGUGAAAAGGAUUAUGAUGCUCAUCCAUGCAUGGAAGAUGAUGUUAAAGUGCCAUUUAAGAUUAAGUUGGAGCAGCGUGAGGAUGAAGAAGAGACAGAACUGGAGAGUGAGACUCAGCGAAUGUUGAAGGAAGGGUCGAGUCUUCACAUACAGGAUGUUCAUUCUGUGUCAGUUAAAGAGGAACCUGAGGAGAGAAUGGACAUCAACGAUGAAGAUCCACUUGACAUAAAUAAGAAUAGUGACAAUGAAAUGGAAGAACCAGAACUAGAGAUAGGUUGGGGUUUUCCCUAUGAGAGCGAAGAGUUAGAACCUUUGACAUGUACCAAUUUCUGUGGAAAAGUACAGAUCUUCAGUUAUUCGCAAUGAGUGGGCAUUUGUGGGAAAAGAUUUUAUCAGAGAGAGGAUUUCUUGAAUCACAGAGCUAAUUCUCAUAAGAUACCCAGGCCAUUCCAGUGCAAGAUAUGCAAGAAAAGAUUCACUCAGAAACAUUAUGUUACUUUACAUAUGAGAGUCCACACAGGGGAAAGGCCUUAUAAGUGUAAACUUUGUGCCAACACAUACACUCAUAAAACAAGCUUCACAAUUCAUAUGAGAAUUCAAAGGGGAAACGCCUAUAUGUGUGGAGUGGGGGGGAAAAAAAUUUUUAUAAAAUCUGGUUUGACAAGCCACAUGAGAUCACACACGAAAGAAACCCCCUACCAGUGUGAGGUUUGCGGGCGACGCUUCACACAUUCCAAGAGUCUCUUGGUUCAUCGUAGAAAUCACACUGGAGAAAAGCCAUAUGAGUGUCAGUACUGUGGGAAAUGCUUCAGACACUGGCAUAAGCACAAGAUCCACAUUAGGCUUCAUACUGGUGAGAGACCCUACAGAUGUACUAUUUGUGGGAAAGGAUUCCCAAGGAAUGAUGAAGUGAAACGCCAUAUGCGAAGUCACCAAAAAUCUUUCAAAAAGUUUUAAUUUUGUGGGUUUAUUGCGAACACAGGGAAGUAAAAAAAAGGUCACAUUGACCUCCACAUGCGUUUAAAGCAUGGAUCUUCGCUCCAAGAAAACUGUUUAAGGGAUAAACAACUCUGGUUUUUUUUUUUUCUUGGGGAAAAAAAGCCCACAGCCUCUACCAUUUACAAACCUGUUCCCUUGCGGCAGCAUCUUCCCGCAAAAUUCUAAUGCAAAAAACCCCCGGAAAGCAGCUCCCAAGCAACAAAAACAACAAAUUCUGGAAUUAAAAUUGUCUCCUCUGCAAAGAUAAUUGCAAAAGAGAUAAGUAAAAAAUCAAACAAGACUGUGGAGCAAACCAAGAGUGGGGGAAAGACUAAAACUCUGACUUACAAAGAAUUUAUUGAACUUCAGGAAAAGUUGUUAAAAGGAAAGGCAGCAGCUGUCAAAACACCAACAAGUGGUUCAACUAGUAAUAAUAAAAAAACAACUGAAGAUGCUGUAAAACAACAGAAGGGGAGGUGUGUAGCAAAAGUCAAGAACAUCAGGAUUUUCUGCCCAGCUAGCAGUACGGCAGCACCCAAUGCAAAUCUUGCUGGGAAGCAAAUAAUGGUGCUUUCUCCCCAGAAUGGCCAAGUUAGUGGAGGAGCUCAGUUUGUUGUACCACAUUCCUUAGGUCUCAACAAGCAGAUGAUAGUGACAACUCCAGCUAACAGUAGCAGUGGACCAAGGUUUGUUAUUCAUCAACCAACAAAAAAAAAAACACAUUUGGGGGGGCCCAGGUGGUUUUUUUUCUUUCCAGCCUUUGUUUUAGCAAAAACCCCCUAAAAGCUGUCUCAGCCAGUUAUAUUAUUAACUGGAGGUGUUGCCCAACAGAUGGUCCUAAUGCCAUCUAAAACGACUAUUGCCAGUACCUCAACUACAAGUUCUCAACAGGCUGUUAUGAUUUCAAAAGCAGCAACAAGUAUGCCUUCAUCCAGUGCAGGAAAUUCCACUCUGUCAGAUAUGCUAACCACUGUGAAGAAAGAACCCGAAGAUCCUCAGGAACAGAAUGAUGUAAGUAUCCCAAAGGUUGUGAUCAAGCAAGAGCCAGGAGUGUCUCUUCCAAAUGGGGUCGUGAUUAAACAGGAACCAUUGAGUGAUACGAUUGUCAAUACUAGUAGUA